AUGUCUGCCGACACAUCGAAACUCACAAAGGUCGACUCUGCCAUCGGCGGCGUAGCCGGUUCGCCCCCCAAGGAUCAUGGAAAAGAGACCAAGCGAAGAACAACAUCUAGUGCUCCUGGUGUCAUGAACCUGAACGACCUCGAGAAAGAGGGUACAAAGAUCGCGGUCGCACUCGAGACCCAGAAAACAGGCUGGAAACUCAACACCUCUCCCAGCUCGAUCGAAGACGCAUCCAUCCUGAAGAAGCAUCUGACGGAACCACCUGUGAAGAAGAUCGACCUACACUUCCCCUUAGGUCUGGAAGUCACGGCUCGAAAUCUGAAGGGCGUCACCAUCAAAGAUGCUCUCGAUGCCAUUCACAAACAAUUCAAGAAGAAGGCCGACGACGAGCUGGAAGAGCCAUACCUGAAAGGUUUCGAGUGGGACCCUGAAGAGUCUUGGACGAGACUGAAGGUCCACACCCAGAAAGAAGGUGCACCGGCGAGCAAAAAGUCCAAGAAGAAGGCCGCCAGUGAGGACUAG